AUGGGACGGAUAGAGAACUUGCCUCACUCCUAUAAGAUGCACUCUUCCAUGUGCUUAGAAUUGAAGAAACUAGUAGAUAGAAUCAUGAGAAUCUUUCCUGAUAUAGAAGAUGCUCGACCUGGAUGCUCCUCAGGCAUACAAACUCUAUGUUUGCUCAACAAAUCCUUGGAGAAAGCUAAACUGCUUCUUCAAUACUGCAAUGAAUCCAGUAAACUCUACACGGCAGUAACUGGAGAUGCUAUACUCUCAAGAGGCGUUAGAGCCAAAAAAUCACUAGAGCAAAGCUUAAUCGAAAUCCGAACCAUGGUACCAACUGUUUUGGCUAUCAAGAUAUCUCAGAUAGUUCAAGAUGUUAGAUCAACUGAGCUGAGUCUGGAAUCAUCUGAAGAAGAAGCUGGGAAAGCUAUCAGAGAACUGAUGCGACGAAGCACAUCUUCGUCUGUCUCUUCUGAUGAGAUCAGAGAUUUCCAUUCUGCAGCUAUCAAACUCCAGCUUAUAACACCUGAAGCCAUUGUGAUAGAGAGAAGGUCCUUGAAAUCGCUUUACACAAAGCUAGGCGAGUGUGAAGGGAACAAGAGACAGAUCUUGAAGUAUCUUCUCUGUCUCUUGAAAAAGCAUGAAAGAAUCAUUUGUAGAGAUCACAAAGAGAACUCUUUCUCACUCCAUGUCAAUGCUGCAGAAGCUGGCUGCUCUGAGGAACGCAAUGGUUUGCUUCCGGAGCAGUUUAAGUGUCCGCUUUCGCUUACAGUGAUGUAUGAUCCUGUCAUCAUUUCCUCAGGCCACACGUUUGAGAGGGUGUGGAUACAGAAAUGGUUCGACGGAGGUAACGAGUCAUGCCCCAAAUCAAAAACGAGACUUGAUGAUCUCACACUGAACCCCAACGUGGCGAUGAAGGAACAGAUAUCGAAAUGGUGCUCCAAGCACGGUCUUGAUGUUCAAGAUCCAGCAACGAAGCACACAGCAAAGGAGGCUAUGAUGAUGCAUAGUAUUGACUACUCUGUCUCCAUUGCUAGCUUCGGAAGCUCUCUUUGCAAUAUCCCUGAUCUCAGCUGCUUCUCCAGUAGGGAUUUCAGCUCGAGCUUCUCUCAUAUGUCAAAGAGUGGUUACUUCAUGCCGAUGCAGACGAUAAAGUCUGAGUCAGGCACUGUUACCACAGCUUCUAGUCCCAGCCGUUCCGGCGAGAUGGUGAUGGAGGAGCCUUUAUGUGAACUCACCAACCUUCCAUUGGAUGCGCAGGUCAAGCUCAUUGAAGAUGUAAGAAGUCGUUUUGCACACAAUGCUAAGGCGUUUCGGUUUAUGUCACCGAGUAAGUUUCUUGAGCCACUUAUCACAUACUUGAAGAAUGCUCACGAAAGAUAUGGCACCACUGGAGAGAUAGUAAAAGGUGGAUUGGUUUUGUUACUGAGUUUCGUCAGUGGGAACAGAAAGGCUAUAGAGUCUUUGGAAGAAGAUGUUUUCAAAACGUUAUCAGUCUUUCUCGAGUCUGAGGUAGUAGCUGAAGAAUCUCUAAAUGUGUUUGAGGUUAUCUCUAACCACUCUCAUCACGGUCUCUCCAAGAUAGCUUCAUCAGGCGCUCUCUCUUCUCUUUUGAAGAUCGUUGAGUCAAGAGCAGAACAUCUUCACGAACAAGCUAUGAUGACACUCAAGAACCUUUCGUCAAGCAGUGAGAUUUGUCUGGAAAUGGUGUCUCUCGGUUUCGUGGAGAAGCUUACUUCUUUCUUGCAGCAGAACGUUUUCAGCAAACAGUCGAUCGUUGUCCUGAGAAACCUCUGCAACACGGAGAAAGGUCGGGUUUGUGUAACCGAAACUCCUGGCUGUUUAGCUUCGAUAUCUGAUUUAUUAGACUCAGAUGUUUCCGAGGAGCAAGAGAAUGCAAUCUCCAUCCUCCUGCAGCUCUGUGUGCAGAAGAUGGAGUAUUGUGAUAUCGUCGUGAGAGAAGGAACUAAUAUUUACUCGUCGCUUCUCUUGAUAUCCAAGAAUGGAACCGAGGAAGCGAAGAAUGGUGCAUCGGAGUUGCUUAGAGCUCUUGAAGAAGUAGAUGCUGUCGACAGAGGAGAAGAAGAAGAAGUAGAAUCCUCCAGACCAGAAGAAGAAGAAACUGCAGCAACUAGUUCGCAGGUUGUCACUUCAGUUACGUAUGAGGAACCUAUAAUAACCACAACACCACCCUCUACAAAGAAAUCUGGUAUUUUUGGAUUCGGUUUCUCCAGUCUCAAGAAGAAGAAAAGUAGAUAA